AUGGCGACUCCCAACCCACUCUCAGAUUCCCACCCCAACCCACCUCAAAAAGUCUCAAAGAAGACCUUCCACAUAGCCGGAAUCCUCACAGACGUAUACGGACUUGAAGAAAUCCCAGCAAACUGCAAAUCGAUAUCAUGUCUCUGGCUUCUCCAUCCGCGUCUAAAAACCAAAGAAUCAAUGGAAAGCACAGCAGCCUCCUGCAUCGGGGAAUGGAACAUGCAACCCUCAACCGACAAUAAAGUAGGGUUGAUAGGGGUGUCCUUCGACCAGAGAAAUCAUGGGACAAGAAUGGCAAAUGAAGCUGCAAAUGGAGCAUGGCGAGAAGGAAAUAAAACUCAUGCUCAGGAUAUGUUCAGUAUCCUUCAUGGCACAGCCCUAGACACGAGUCUUUUAAUCGACCAUCUAGGCUCAUACAUCUUCAACACACCCUCUUCACCUCAGAUUCUCAAUCACAUUAUCUUGGGAGUCUCCCUAGGCGGCCACUCCGCGUGGCAAGUCCUCUUCGCCGACCCUCGCGUUCACGCGGCUAUUAGUAUAAUCGGCUGUCCAGACUACAUGUUUCUCAUGAGCGACCGCGCCCGCCUCUCCAAACUCCCCACAGCAGGGCCCUCCUUCCUAGGCAGUCCCGACUUCCCCAACCCCCUCAUAACAGCCGCCACCCUCUACGACCCCAAAGCCAUUCUCUUCGGCACAAAUCCCAUCCCGCCCUCCACCCCCUCCUCUUUAAUCCCCUAUCAAGGCGCCUCCUCGCCGCACAUCCGCCAGCUCCUGACCUCGAAGAUCGCCCAAAAACGCAUCUUAGUAUGUUCAGGCGGUGACGAUAAGCUCGUUCCAUACCGCUGCAGUGAGCCAUUCCUGUCGUUCUUGAAGGCGGCGACGGGGAAGGGAGGGUGGUGGGAGGAGGGGGGCGUGUAUUUGGAGGAUAAUAUUUAUGCGGGGGUGGGACAUGCUUUUAGCGAAGGGAUGGUGAAGGACGUUUUGAGGUUCGUGUGUGAGACUUUGAGUGAGAUCUCGGUUUCGAAGAGUCGGGUUACGAAAAUUCCGCCACCAAAUCCGACGGCGCUGAAUUAUUUGCCGCCUGUUAAGGCGAGGUAUUAG